AAAUUAUUAAAUAUAAAAAGAUCUAAUAUCAAGAAAUUAGUUAAGUCUCGAUAUUUUUAAAUAUACAUCACUAGCUGAUAUUUUAGAGGAUGAAGUGUCAUAAUUCAAUGGAAAAGAUCCCGUAGGUGCCUUUACUCAAAUUAGCCGUCUUAAACGUCUGGCAAUUUCAAGAAUACAGUCAUAAACAAUAUUCUGCCAAAUGAGGACAAAUUAUGGUCACUAAAUCCAGAACGAAUGUGGUAAGAUGUAUCAAACUUUAUUUAUCUUAUUUAUUUUUAAUGUAUACAGAUGAAGUAUAUAAGACCGAGCUACUGAUUAUCGAAUAGGGGAUUGCAUGUGAGUGAUCCACGUUUGUGGAGAGUUGCAAGAAGUUCAGAGCUGCGUCAAUUUGGGUAUGUGAGUACUAUUAGAGAAGAUUAACUAUGAUCACAAAGAAUAUGAACAAGACCCGGAUUAUUGAGAAGAAACAUGAAAUUCACUUUUGUAUUUGUUACUCCUAUAUGAAUUUGAUCAUAAUUUUACUUGGCCACGUGAUAAAUAAACUGAAAUAUUUUAAAAAGGAAUAGAGAUAUGUAAUAACAACACAUCCCAAGCUUAUCCAUAUUGACGAGAAAAUGUAAUAAUAUGCUUAAAUUGCGACGGUGUAAUUGAGAGUGCAAAUAGAAAUUGAAUGUUUGUUGAGUUGUUUUUUAUUUAUAUUAAAUAUCAAGUGAAAAGUGUAGUUGAUCUGUUUAUAUGAUAUCAGUAUAAUAGUAUUUUCAUUACUAGCUUCAAGUGUUAACUAAAUACCGACUAAGGUUGUUUAUUUAAGUCAGGUUCGUCGAGUUUAAAUUAUUUUUCUAUUAAACAUGAGAUAAAAUUGAUAUUAGUUCGUAUCUGCUUGAUAAACUUCUAUAACAAGUACCGUAGUCAGAUUCAAACUACCACAACUAAUUUAAAUUUUUCUAUUGAUUUACCCUCUAUUUUAUUAAAAAUUUCAAAUCAUCAGUUCUUGUUACAACUGUGUUUUACACGGAAUCAUUUUCUAUAACGCCUUUAUGUUGUUGGCUGAUUUAUCCCAGAGUUACGGCAAAAUCUCUUGUUAUUUUACCAAAAAAUUAACCAGUAGUGUUUCUAUUUAGUUAUUAUAUAUUCUCUUCUCAAAUUUUCAUAAUAUGAGAUUUUGAAUGGUUUAUUGAAGAUAUGACACUCAAUAAGUUGUGCGACUUACUAAAAAAACACAUUUUCUUUGCCAAAAAUAGAUUUCAUUCAUAAAUGUAUCUCUUUUAAAAGCAAUACAAUCAUUCCAACGCUUCUGUAACUCCUCGAUGUCGUACUUGAAGAAGGGUAUGUUUCUGUCUCAAAAUAUGCUUCAGUUUCAGCAAUUGCUUCUUUAUUUGAGGUGAAUUUCUUACCGGCGAGUAUUUUUUUGUGAUCAGCAAAUAGCCAGUAGUCACUGGGGGCCAAAUGUGGACUAUAAGGUGUAUGAGGAAGCAAUUCGAAGUGUAAUUUGUUGUUGACAUUGACUUGUGAAUCGGCGCAUUGUCUUGGUGUUGGAAUAGUGUUUUUUUCUUCGAAACAUGAGGCCUUGAUUUUUGUAUUCAAAUAAUCCAAUGACUCUAUGUAGAAUUCGCUAUUGAUUGUCUCCCCAUUUUGGAGAUAGUCGAUGAACAAUAUUCCAUGUACAUCCCAAAAUAGUGAAGCUAUAACCUUCCCAGCUGACUAAUGUGCUUUUGGACGUUUCGGACGUGGUUCACCGGCUGCAGUCCUCUCAGGCGAUGAUCGUUUUGAUUCCGUAGUAAAGUGAUGAAUCCAAUAUAACAUAUCGAUGUAAAACAAAAUCUGAUUUAUUACAUGUAAACAUGGCCGAACACUGUUCUAAAUCAUCAACACGUUGUUGCUUUUAAUCGACUGUGAGUAAAUGCGGCACCUAUUUUGAAAUUAGCUGUUUCUAAAAUCAAAUGUUCAUGUAUAAUUGUAAACAUCCUGUCUUCUGAUACCUUAUGGCCUUAGCUAUCUCAAGUAAUUUCAAUUUACGAUUAGAUAUAAGUAAGUAAUCACCUUAUUUGGACGACUAGAACGUUCACCAUCAUCGAUCUCUGUACGACCACGUUUAAAUUUAGCAAACCAAUAACAAAUGGUUCUUUUCGAUGGAACAGAGUACGGAUAAAACAUUUGAAGCUAUUAUUGAGCUUGUACAGUUUCUAGAAGCAAUGAUAAAUUAACACACGAAAUUGUUUUGAAGAUAACAAAAUUAGUUGCACUUAAAUGGCUUUUUAAAACAUUUGGUAUGUCUUGUGAAGAUAACGUUUUAGAUAGUUACAGUUUCCGGAACCUAAAUAUUAAUCAGAUACUAUCCAAUUACUUACAUCAGGACAUAAUUAUUCCAUUUGAACUUACUGCCAUUUUUUUCAUAUUUCAGAUCUAUCUAUGAUUGAAUGCUUCUUUGGAUAUAAUUAUAAUUUCAAAUCAACCGUUCCCGCUAGUAAUUCGGUAGUUGAAAUUGUACAAUUUUUAGUAGAAGAUUUGGAACUGCAGAUAAACUGCGGAAGAUGAGCAUGUUCCGAACAUUACAACAGAUAACAGAAAAUGAGGAAGAGCCCGAAGGAAAUGCAACUAUAGCAAAAAUCACAGCAAUGUGCGUCUUGUUUCUGGCCUCAUUUGUAAUUGGCAAUCUACCUAUAAAAUUGAAUCAUUGGUUCAAAUGGAAUUCUGAUGCAAAAAAUAACUCUCCCGUUAAAUUUUUACUCGGAUUGGGUGGUGGAGUUUUGCUAUGUACAACAUUCGUUCACUUAUUACCGGAAGUUAAUGAGCAUUUUGAAGAUCUGAAUCUCACGCCUGACAUUGAAAUACCUUAUGCUGAGGUCUUAAUGUGUAUUGGUUUUUUUACUAUGUAUUUCAUCGAAGAAUGCGUCCACGUAUAUUUACAUAAAAAAGAAACUGUCCCAAAUUUUGAAGCAGGAAUAGACAAUCAACAUGAAGCGGAUUUAGAAAUAGCCAUAAGACGUAGUGUUUCAAUAAGAAGAGGAGAGGAAGACUUACUGAAACGUCAACAGUUAGCACUAGCUAUUCAUCAAAAUGAAAAUUCACAUGCUCGAAGAGAGCAUUCUCAUUUACCACUGCCUACAGCACAACAUUCUGCAGUAACUGUAAUAAGAGGAUUAUUAGUGGUAUUGGCUUUAUCGAUUCAUGAACUCUUUGAAGGUCUCUCUGUAGGUCUCGAAUCAUCAUCUCAUACUGUUUGGUACAUGUUUGGAGCUGUUAGUGCUCAUAAGCUCGUGAUUGCAUUUUGUAUCGGCAUUGAACUUGUCACUUCAGGUUUAAAAACCUUAUUUGUAAUUGUUUUUGUUUUUAUGUUUGCGGUGGUUAGUCCUUUAGGUAUAGGAAUAGGAAUUUUAGUAAGCACGGGAAAUGAUUCAUCUACUACCGUAGUUUCUGUGAUAUUGCAGGGUCUAGCUUCUGGCACUUUGAUGUAUGUGGUAUUUUUUGAAAUAUUACAGGGAGACAAAAGAAGCGGCAUGAAACAAUAUGGGGCUGUACUUUUAGGAUUUUUGGUGAUGUUUGGUGUAACUUUGCUAGGUACGUAACGAGUUUGGUGAAAUAUUUGUAUAUAUUUUAUAUUUAUAAAUAAAGAGAAAAAUUUCCAUGUGUCUUGAAUAUC